CAACAUGAUAAUUAUCAACGGAUAAUGAAUAAUUAUCCAUCAUUAUCAUUAUUAUCAUUGUUAUCCUUAUUAUUAUUAUUAUUAUUAUUACAAAUUACAAUAUUUCCAUCGAUAAUUUUGGCUCGUUCAGAUGGACAUCCAUCACGAAUAAUAACACCACCAAAAGAUCAAUAUGUUAUAUCGGGUCGUGUAGCAACAUUUAUUUGUUCGGCUAUUGGUACACCACCACCACAAAUUGAAUGGCGUAAAAAUGGUCGUCAUCUUACUACACAACGUUAUUCUGUUUAUUCAUUUCCAAAUGGAUCAGUUUUACGUAUUGAACCAGUUAAAUUGAAUCGAGAUAAUGCAACAUAUGAAUGUUUAGCCGAAAAUGGUAUUGGUGAACCGGUUCGUGCAACAGCCAUUCUACAUGUUUAUCCGGAGGAAAAAAUACCGGAAGGAUUUCCAUCAUUUACAUUACAACCAAAUAUGCAAGGUGUUGAAAAAGGACAUAAUGCAUUAUUACCAUGUCGUUCGAUUGGUGAUCCAGAACCACAAAUAUAUUGGCUACGUGAUGCUAUACCGGUCGAUAUGACUAAUCCACGUUAUUCAUUAUAUCAAGGAGCAUCAUUGAAAAUUUUACAAGCUCAAGAAGUAGAUGAAGGUCCUUAUGAAUGUGUUGCCGAAAAUAAAAUCGGUACAGCUUAUUCUGAAAUGGCUUCACUUCAUGUUCGAAUUCGUGUUGUACCACCAUAUUUUACAAUACCACCAGAAAAUAUAUAUGAAAUAAUGCCACAUAAAGAUCUUAAUUUAACUUGUGUUGCAUCUGGUUCACCAUUACCUGAAGUAAGAUGGCGUAAAGGUAAUAUUGAAAUGAAUAAAGAUGUUAUACCACGUGGUCGAAAUGUAUUAACAUUAACCAAUGUAAAAGAAUCGGAUAAUUAUACUUGUAUUGCAACAUCGGAACAUGGUUCGAUUGAAAAAACAGCACAAGUUAUUGUUCGAUCAUUACCUGGGCCACCAACUAACGUUCAAGCAUCAGAUGUAACACCAACAUCCGUACGUUUAGCAUGGAAUUAUGAUUUUGGUUCAGAAGAUAUUGCAUAUUUUAUUAUACAAUAUAAACCAAAAAAUGCUGGACAAUUUUCCGAAAUCAGUGGUAUUACAACAUCAUUUUAUGUAAUAAAUUCAUUAACACCAUAUACUGAAUAUGAAUUUUAUAUUAUUGCCGUUAAUACGAUUGGUCGUGGACAACCAUCAACAUCUAUUUCUAUUACUACGGGCGAAACAAGACUUAACAAGCUAGGAUCAUAUCCAAGAAAUGUACAAGCACGGCCAUUAUCAUCAACAACAAUUGUUGUACAAUGGGAACCACCCGAAGAACCUAAUGGACAAGUAACUGGUUAUAAAAUUUAUUAUACAUUAAAUCCAAAUCUUCCAAUUAAUUUAUGGGAUGUACAAUUGGUUAAUAGUAAUGAAUUAACAACAAUAUCCGAUCUACAAGCACAAUCAAUUUAUUCAAUACGUUCACAAGCAUUUACAACACGUGGUGCUGGUCCAUUAUCACCACCAGUACAAGUAAAAACACAACAAGGUGUACCUAGUCAACCAUUAAAUUUAUUAGCAUCAUCAAUAUCAGCAACAACCGUACAAUUAACAUGGAAUAAACCAAGUCAUACUGGUGAAUCAAUUAUUGGUUAUGAAAUUUAUUGGAAUGAUACAUUCACUAAUCAAGAAUAUAAACGUGCCAUUCCAGUUGUUGAAACAUAUAAACUAACUGAUCUUUAUCCAGAUACAUUAUAUUAUAUAUGGAUUGCAGCUAAAUCACGUCGUGGUGAAGGUGCUUCAACACCACCAAUUCCAGUUAAAACUGAUCAAUAUGUCCCCGAUACACCACCAAAAGAAAUUCAUAUUAGAGCAAUAAGUUCACAUUCAUUACGUAUUCGUUGGCAACCACCCGAAGAUUCUAGUGUACAGCAUAUUAUUUAUUAUAAAAUUCGUUAUCGUGAAAUUCCCAUUGAAGACGAUAGCGAUGAUGAUAAUGAUAAUGGUGGUAAUGAUGAGUAUUUCAAAAAACCCGAACCAAUUCAAUUGGAAAAAAUAUUCGAAAUAAAUAAUUCGAAUCGUGAUUCAUAUCCAUAUGAAUUUAUUUUAAAUGAUUUAAAACAUUGGACACAAUAUCAAGUGGAAAUUUUGGCUGGUACAAAAAUUGGUGAUGGACCAGCAUCCGAUCCUAUUGUUGUUCGUACUGAAGAAGAUGUCCCGGGUGAACCACGUGAUGUAAAAGUUUUGGCUAUAAAUUCAUCAUCCGUACAAGUUCAUUGGUUACAUCCAGAAGAUUCGGAACAUAAUGGCCUGAUUCGUGGCUAUCAAAUUCAUAUACAAGAAAUUGAUAAAAUUGGUGAACCAAAUGGUGAACAAUUACGUUUUGAUGUUGCCGAUGGACAAGCACAAGAAUUUAAUGUUACAACAUUACAACCGGAUACAGAAUAUUCCAUUCAAGUUGCAGCUGUAACCAGAAAAGGUGAUGGAACUCGUAGUCGUUCGGUUAAUGUUAAAACUGCUGGUGGUGUUCCAACAAAACCGGAAAUAUUUAUUAGUUUUCUAAAAGAUGAUCCAAGAAUGUCGGUAAAAGUUUAUUGGACAAAACCAAAUCAAACUUAUAGUCAAUUAUUGGAAUAUAAACUACGUUAUGGACGUGUUGAUGAUACGGUUCGUGAUGAAAUAAUAAUGCCAGCGGCUGAAACAUUAAAAAUUAUUGAAAAUUUAGAACGUGGUACACGUUAUGAAUUUCGAUUAAGUGGUCGUAAUUCGAUUGGUUGGGGACAAGAAUCGAUUACAUAUUUGGAUACACCGGAAGGUGUACCAUCAUCACCACCACAAAACAUAACUGAUCGUCUACAAUCACCAACUACUGUUGUUUUUACAUGGGAUCCACCUGCUUAUCAACAACAAAAUGGUAAAAUUACUGGUUAUGGUAUACAUUUUCAUAAAUUGAUCGAUAUUAUACCAACCGAAUAUAAUACAACUAAUCUACGUAUGGUAUUUAGUUCGUUGGAUGAAAAUACUGAAUAUAAAUUUAGGGUUCGUGCUUAUACAGCAAAAGGUGCAGGACCUUGGUCAGAUAUGUUGCAGAUAAUGACACCUGGAGAUGCACCACCAGCACCAACCAGUGUACAAGCAUUAGCAACAUCCGAAACAUCGGUAGAAGUUUGGUGGGAAAAUAUGCCAUUUUUUAAUGAUAUUCUUGGUUAUACUGUUUUAUAUACACAAAUUGCUGUUGAAGAUUUAGAUCUUUGGUUUCGUCGUGAACUACCAUUAACAUGGUCAUCCGAAUUAACUGGAUUAGAACCGAAAACAAUGUAUGCAAUACGUGUUGCAGCAUAUACACGGAAUGGUUUAGGUCGGUUAUCCGAAUUGAUUACAGUACGUACUGAUCCAACUGAAGUACCAUUAAAUCUUCAAUCAACUGAAGUUACUACACAUACAAUGACAUUGAAUUGGAAACCACCAAGAAAAUUAGAUCCUGUUAAAUAUAAAAUAACAUUCGGUGCGAACAAAGAAUUCUAUGAUAGUCAAGGUGUACUGCAACGUUUGAAAAUUGAACCGAAAACUAUUUUCGAAUCAUCCGAUACUACUGAAUAUAAACUUACAAAAUUAAUGCCAUUCACAACAUAUCAGGUAAAUGUAACAGCCAUACCAUCGGAUGAUGGUCAAAUUUAUCGGCCAGCAGCAAAAAUAAUUGUAACAACAGCAAUGGCUGCACCAAAACCAAUGGUCAAACCAGAUACAAUUGAAUCAAAAAAUAAACAAUUAAUAACAGUAAUUCUACCACAAGCAUCUGAAGAAUUUGGUUUAAUAUCACAUUAUUAUUUGGUUGUUGUACCGAAAGAAUUUGCCGAUAAAGAACCAGAUUUAUAUACAAUCGAAGAAUUAAGUUCAACGCCGAUAGAUAAAGUCGGUCCAUAUAUUGCUGCCAAAUGGAUGCGUCGUUCAAUACCGAAUACAUUUUCAUUAGGUGAUGGUCAAAAAUAUCAUGGUUUUAUUAAUCGUAAAUUACAGAAAAAUGUUGAUUAUCGUAUUUUUGUUCGUGCGGUUGUUGAUACACCACAGAAAAGCCUGUUUACAAGUUCACCAUUUUCCGAUCUAUUAAGUUUGGAAAAUAAUAUGAAUUUUAUGAAUCAUGAACCAACACGUGUACAUAUUACAAGUGCAACAUAUGAUCCAAAAGGUGUACCAAUAAUGGGUAGAACUGGUGAUAAAUCUGGUCCAAUACUUGUUUUAUCAAUUGUAUUAGCAAUAAUGGUUGUUGUUAUGUCGAUUGUAGCAUGUAUUGUUAAACAUCGUAGACAAAUUAUUAAAUCAACUUUGAAUGAUACAUCAAUGAAACAAUUAAUACAAACAAUUGAACCACAAGAUCAUAUGAUACAUCCAUCAGAUCCAGUUGAAUUAAGAAGAUUAAAUUAUCAAACAACAGCAAUGCGUGAUCAUCCUUCAAUACCGAUAACUGAAUUGGAAAAUCAUAUUGAAAUGUUGAAAGAAAAUGAUAAUCAAAAAUUUUCACAAGAAUAUGAAUCAAUUGAUCCUGGUCAACAAUUUACAUGGGAAAAUUCAAAUUUACCUGUGAAUAAACCAAAAAAUCGUUAUGCUAAUGUUAUUGCAUAUGAUCAUAGUAGGGUUGUAUUGCAACCAAUACCAGGUGUACCCGGAUCAGAUUAUAUUAAUGCAAAUUAUUGCGAUGCAUAUCGUAAACCAAAUUCUUAUAUUGCAACACAAGGUCCAUUACCAGAAACAUUUGGUGAUUUUUGGCGUAUGGUUUGGGAACAGAAUAGUUUAUCAAUUGUAAUGAUGACAAAAUUGGAAGAAAGAACAAGAAUAAAAUGUGAUCAAUAUUGGCCAUCAAAAGGUACAGAAAAAUAUGGUGAAAUUGAAGUAACAUUAGUAAAUUAUGAAGAACUAGCCACAUAUUGUAUACGAACAUUUACAUUAAAACGUGUUGGUACAUUUGAUCUGGCACGUGAAGUACGACAAUUUCAAUUUACAGCAUGGCCUGAUCAUGGUGUACCACGGCAUCCAACACCAUUUUUAUUAUUUUUACGUCGUGUUAAAACAAUGAAUCCAUCGGAUGCUGGUCCAUUAAUCAUACAUUGUUCAGCCGGUGUUGGUCGUAGUGGUUGUUAUAUUGUAAUUGAUUCAAUGUUAGAUCGUAUAAAAUGUGAAGAUACUAUUGAUAUUUAUGGUCAUGUAACAUGUUUACGUGCACAACGUAAUUAUAUGGUACAAACAGAAGAUCAAUAUAUUUUUAUAUAUGAUUCAGUAUUAGAAGCUGUUAUUGCUGGUAAUACUGAAGUAACAUCAAGAGAUUUAUAUAAACAAUUUCAAUAUCUAAUGCAACUUGUACCGGGUGAAAAUUGUACAAAUAUGGAAUUGGAAUUUCAGAAAAUAGCAUCAAUGCGUCCAAAUAAUGAUGAAAAUAAAUUUAUUAGUGCAAAUCUACAAUGUAAUAAACAUAAAAAUCGUUUAAUGAAUAUUCUACCAUAUGAAUCAACAAGAGUAUUUUUACAACCAAUUCGUGGUGUAGAAGGAUCAGAUUAUAUAAAUGCAAAUUUUAUUGAUGGUUAUAAAUAUCGUAAUGCAUAUAUUGCAACACAAGGACCAUUAAUUGAAACGGGUGAUGAUUUUUGGCGUAUGAUUUGGGAACAUAAUUCAAAUAUUAUUGUUACAUUAACACAAACACAAGAAAUGGGAAGGGAAAAAUGUCAUGAAUAUUGGCCAAGUGAACGUUCACAAAGAUAUUCAUAUUUUGUUGUUGAACCAAUUACCGAAUAUAAUAUACCACAAUAUAUAUUACGGGAAUUUAAAAUAACCGAUGCUCGGGAUGGCCAAUCUCGUAUGAUUAGACAAUUUCAUUAUGUUGAUUGGCCUGAACAAGGUGUACCAAAAUCUGGUGAAGGUUUUAUUGAAUUUAUAACGCAAGUACAUAAAACAAAAGAACAAUUUGGUCAUGAAGGACCUAUUACUGUUCAUUGCAGUGCCGGUGUUGGUCGUACAGGUGUAUUUAUAACAUUAAGUAUUGUAUUGGAACGUCUGCAAAAUGAAGAUGUUUUAGAUUUAUUUCAAACUGUUCGUACAUUACGAACACAAAGACCGGGUAUGGUACAAACUGAAGAUCAAUAUCAAUUUUGUUAUCGUGCUAUACUUGAAUAUAUUAGUACAUUUGAUAUGUCUGCUUAAAGAAAAAGAAAAAGAAAAAGAUUUUCAAUUUAAAAAUUGAUGUCUAAUAUAUUCAAUGCUCAGGUAAUGGUCAACAACAAAAACAACCAAGACAACAACAACAACAGAAAAAAUGAAUGAUAACCACUAGUCACAGAUAUUUGUUUCCUAUUAUUAUUCUUUCUUCAUUUGUAAAUUUCUUCGAAUAAUUUUUUAUUAUAAUCAAAAAAGAAAAACAUCAAGAUUCUAGUCGAAUCCUCAUCAUUCAUCGUUGUAUAAUUUUUCCAUUUUUUCUAUUUCUACUUCAACAACCAUAAUUCAAAUUCAUUCUUCU